AUGCGACCAUCAUCACCGCUCUCGCUCCUCCUCUUCCUCCAACUUUCAACUGCAUUCCCAGUGUCUCGAGAAUGUUUCAACUCUCAAUCUUGCAACUCACUCCACUCAGUCAAAGAUACUCUUUCGCUCUCCCACCCCAAACCCAGCGAUCCCCGCGAUCCACAUUUCCCAAAACAUCAAAAACUACCUAUCCCGACUUUUGUUAAACCAACAACUACUUCCCCUUCGGACGAUGAGUAUUUUGCAGAAGAAGGUGCUUUCGACAAUGCGCCAACGACUCCUUCCAAAGAGAUCUCCGCAGAUGAGGCCCUUUCUGCAGAAACACCACUCAGUUCGGCAUAUCUUCAAAGUUUGACAAGGACGAGUGACGAGGAUGAAGCGAGACCAAGUAUGCCCACUUCCGCAUUACCUAAAUUGCGCAAAGAAGAUUCGAGGAAAUACUGGGAGGGAGAAAACGGACGGUUGGCUAUCAAUGGAGAGAAACCAGGAUGUGGAAAUUCCAAUUCGUGGCCCGGGACUGCGGCAGGAUAUAGAACGCGAUUGGCGCAUUUGGAGAUGGGACGAAGAAAUGAUUUUUUGGUUGUGGGAAUUGUGGUGGUUUUCUUACUUGUGGUCUGUGUAUUGGAGUCUGUAGAGAGGUUUGGAAAUCGAACUUCGAGAAGAGGGGAAAUCUUUUUGGAAGAUGAUGAGACGUAUGCUUUUAUUGUUAAGAAGCCGAGAGAGUUCUAUCAGCACGAAUCUGUAUUCGAUGAGAAAUGUGCGCAGGAAUCGGAAUACAAAGAAUAUAAAGAUGAUGAGACAGUUGUAGCGGAAGAUUUCAACACAGAUAACGAGAGAGAGAGCUGA